GAGAGAGUUAGGGGCCGUCUGUCAAUCUCCCCUCCGCUCCAUUCACACAUUCAACCGCAUGCACCUUCACGGAGAGACAGAGGAAGUGAGCAAGAGCCUCUCAUUCAUAAAAAAAAAAAAAAGAGAGAAAGUUCAUUCACAAAAGCUGCACAAUUCUGUGCCGAGCCUCAGAGGGAGAGAAGGCGAGUAGAUGUGGAGGUGAAGCAGAGCUGGAAGCCUGGAGAGCGACGGAGAGGCUGAAUGAGAUGGGACUGUAGAGGAGAGCCGACUGGACCUCAGACUACACAGGACAUCCACAGUCCCACGCUGUCUCCAGUCCAACCUAACAAACGUGUGUCGUCUAAUUCCUGGCAGGGUUUUUUAGUUUUUCCUCUCUUUUACUUCCCAGUGCUCUCGUCGGUCCAGUUACUUGAUUAUGAGACAGCAAACCUUACCCAGGCAUGCUCAAGCGCACCAAAUACAGUCGUCUGCGCAACGAUUCCGUCACAUCUCCAGAGGAUCGGCCCCAAAGGAUGCCGCCCCUGAAGAGGGAACUCCCCUUGGACUCUGAUUUUGCUCAACUGGACCCCGGGGCACCCCCACACCACGGGCUAUCCACCCUGAGGGACUUCAUCCCUCGAGUGGCCAACAUUCGGCUGCAGAGUCCCUUCCCUCUGUCUGGCCUGAGGGGACAGAGAAACACAGCAGGGGACAGAAGCGUUGAUGGACACGCUGACAGACCCUGUUCAGGAACACAAUGGGGAUCAGGACCCGAGCAGAGAAUUUGUAGCCAACCCUCCCUUCAUGUGCCGUUUUCCAGUGGCCAAAGCCGGAGUCAUUUAGCCCUGCUCUGCGCAAAAAGACCCAUCACCCUGCACCGGAUGGCCAGCCUCCCCUGGACCCCCGGCUGUCCUCCCUGCCCACAGCACAGAGGUGGUCCGUGCUGUGUGAAGACUUCCUCUGCAGCAGAUGACUGUACAGUGACGGCAAACAGAGCAGUUCAUCAUAACAUCAAGUACAUGGGCAGUGUGGAGGUAACCCAGUCCAUGAGGAACCUCGACUUUGAUACGAGAAUGAAAGUGACACGAGAGGCGAUUAGCAGACUGUGCGAGAGGACGUCAGCCAAGACAGCAGUGAAAACUAAAACGUCUGUGUACAAGGGGCCGUCGGCUGUUCUUGGUCGGAUGAACCUGCAGUUUUCUGGGCGCAGGAUCAUCGUCACCGUCUCCACAGACAGCGUGACUCUGAUCACCGCCUCCUCCUCACAGAAGAUCGCCCACCACCCCAUGCAGGCCAUUUCAUUUGCCUCGGGAGGAGAACCAGACGUGGUCGAUUACAUCGCUUACGUUGCCAAAGACCUCACCAAUCAGAGAGCGUGUCACAUCCUGGAGUGUCCGCAGGGUCGGGCCUGCGAGCUCAUCAACAGCAUCGGUCAGGCCUUUGAGAAUCGUUUCCACCAACUCCUCAGCCACACCCCUUCGCUCCUCUGCACCGAUCCCAGGUCAGCAGUGAGAAUCAGUAACGAUUGGACAGAGGAGACAACAACAGAGCAGGAGGUCAAACAGGAAGGUGAAGCCCAUGAGCACUGUGACUAUUACAAUGUGAUCCCAGGAAAGACGCCCCCUCCUGGUGGGAUAGAGGACCUGCGCAUCACAAGGGAGGAGAGCAAGCAAGAUGCUGACAUUCAAGAGGUCUGUUUGCCUCGGCCUGUUUCACUGUAUGAGAACUGCUCCAUCACAGAAGAAACUCCAGCUCCAACUAGAGUGGGAUGUGAGGUCAGUGGACAGUGCUCUCCUCUCUCUGAGUCACUGAUCCAGGACCUGAUCCAGGAGGAAGGCUGGUUCCACGGCAGUUUGGGACGAAAGCAGGCAGAGUCCCUCCUCACCUGCAGUGGGGACUUCCUGGUCAGAGAGAGCAGCUCUGCGUCUGGUCAGUACGUCCUCAGCGGUAUGGAGGGAGCCACCGUGCGGCACCUGCUGCUGAUCGACCCCCAUGGAAAGGUGCGGACCCGUGAUCAGGUGUUUCUGAGUGUCGGUCACCUGGUGCGGUUCCAUAUGGAGAACCAGACGCCCAUCGUCUCUGGAAGCAGCGAGCUGCUGCUGAAGCAGCCGAUCCUGCAAAGACACUGAUGCACAUUCAUAGGCUCCGUAGUCACACGUGCAGACAUUAGCCUUCAGCACUGGUGGGUCUCAGCGUUUUUGUGAGAUGAGGGACAAUGUACCAAAAAAAAAAACUAAAACCUUUAAACACUUUUAGCUCCUUGACAAUUUCAACAUGUGAACAUCCAGCACUUUCCACAGUAUUUUAUUAUUUGGCCAUGAAAACACAUGUGUUGUAUAUGUUCAGUGAAUAGUUCCUGAAAGUAAACUUGUGCCUCUCCCUGGGUUGAGAACAGCUGCUGGCCUGCAGAGCCUCCUCUCUCUGUCUCAGGAUGAAUUUGUUGGUGUUUACUCAAAGUCCAAGCACAAUCACUGGUGUCGGGAGGAACUGAGCAGGAUGUUGGCAGAUGUUCAGAUUCACUUUCUUUACAUGCUCAACUCAUCUUUCAUUCGUUUUUUGUUUUGAUUUGUUAUUCUUCUGUGUUCCUGCCUUUCUUUAAACUUGAAAACCACUUUUCUGUUACUUUCUGAAUAUGGAGUUCAAAUACUCUUAGUAACCAGCCGCAGAAUUGCAGUCCAGUCUCAGAUAAGCUGGUAAAUAUCAAAUAAUAACGUUUUUGUUGCCCAUUCAUUGUAGUUUAAUACAUCUUUAGUUCUGUUUCACAAUAACAGAUAUUUCUCUCUUGGUGUCUCUUCUCACACGUGGACAGUAGAACUACGUAGAGUUCAGAUAGACACACAAAUGAAAUGACACAAAUCAACUCAGGUGACUGACAUAUUAUUAGUAUUGGUUUAUCUUCCAGUCAGUAGAAUAAACUAAAUCAGCUCAUGGGAAGAAAAUAUUCCAAUGUCAUCAAAACUACCUUCACUCUUAGGUUUUUAGUAAGUCAAUGUUUUAUUUUCACAUCCAGCUGAGACAUAACAGUGUAAUUUGUUGUCUUGUUUAUUUGAAAAUGUAAUUUGAGGACAAACCACUUUGCACCAUCUCGUUUUCAAGGGGGUCUUCAGACUCAACCAGCCUCAGUCGCUCCGUAGUCGAGGAAACCCGGCGGACACCGCGUGGCGAGGCUCAGCAGCUUCUGUCUCCAGUCGGCCUCGAAUAAAACCUGAGAUCCACAAGACUGCUGACGUCAAAGUUAUUGUGAAGAACUUUCAAAUGCAUUGACUUGAUGAUUUUCUUUGUCGUACAUGAUAUGAAACUAAAUAUAUUUGGAUUUGGAAGUUUUCACACAAUUUAUAGACGAAAUUGUGAGACAAAUGGCCUAAAUAUAUAGUUAUUAUUAGUGAUUCAUAGCCCUAAGAUCUUAUAUAUUUAACUUUCUUAGCUGCCCAGACUCUUAACACCACAAGAUGGUGCUAUCUGUCUACACAAGAGCUUACCAUACCAUCUCUUGAUUGGUCAAACACUCAUUAGCUCAACUUCUGAAAUUCUCCAUUUGUUUAUGUGGCUGUUGCAUUUCUCAUGAAUCUUAUAUGUAACAUGUUUUUCUAUGAUGCAACAUGGCCAAUACAUAUAUGAUCAAACCAGUGA